AUGAGAGUUCCCAUUCCACACUACUGCCAGGUAGAAAGCCUUGACGAAGACUUCUCCGACGCGGUGCAGGCGGGUCUAUUUGCAAUUACGACAGACUUCCGCGCUAGAAGCAAGCCCGAGGCUUGGAGCUUUGAAUCUACAGCCUGGGCAAGCGGGACUCCCCGACGCAGUCUGAUCGUGACUCGAGAAAUCGGUGACAUCGCCACCCUCAAAUGGCCCGCCGAGGCGCCCUCCCGUGGCGACGGCAAGCCGACGCCUGGAUGCGCGAAUUUCAUGGUCAGUCCAUCGUAA